UCAAAGAGGCGUUACCAAAUAAACAGGAGCUACAGCCCUGUUCGAAAGAGGAUGGUUUCUCUGAAUAUCCAAAACUCAAGAGUGUGGGUCUAGACGAAGAGAAGCUCUUUGAUCCUAAAAUUGAUGCUGAAAUAGCAGAUUGCCAAGUGCAUACUUACAGGAGAAAUCUUGGCAAGAGAAGUCAGAGGAAAAUAUAAAGCAAAGAAAAGCUGAUCAAAACAAUCUAAGCGAUCUCCUCUCAACACAGAUAACCAACAAUCUCAAUCUUAUGAACUCCAUAACACAUCUCAACAAAUCAACACGAAACAAUAGACUAAAGAAAAUCAGGUCAAAUUUUCUAAAAUCCCUAAAGAAGAAAGCAACCAAUAAUUUACUAAAUUUCAGCUGUGAAAAACCUAGAUAUACUAAAAUUCCACCAAAAGAUGUAUUAAAGAUGAGGCAAACCUACUUAAUGAAAAAAACUCCAUAUACACUUCCCAUAAAAUAACGGAACAAAUUUUGAAGAUCUUGUGCAGAACAAAGCCUUUUCAAAAAUUUUAAAAGAAAAACUUAACCUUGAGGAAGAAGUUGAGAGAAUUCAGAAGAAAAGUCAAAAGACUUUAGGCCUCUUUCCAAUAAAUAAAGCAGCUUAUGAACGAAGCAAUGAUUCUCCAGAUAUAAACAUCUUAGAAGAAUUAUGAGAAAUAGAAAGAAUGGAAAAAGAAGACAAAAGCGAGGAAUUUCUCGCCCUAAAAAUGCUCACUAAAAAAUCCAAAGAAUUCCUCAACUACCUCCAAACCCACAACCUCCACAUCAAAAGCCCCUUACCUGCCCCUCUCCCCUUCAAAUCCCCUCCAAAUCUCCACUCACACACCCAUUCUUCCCAAAAUCCUUCCAAAAUCCUCAAGUUUCCCCGAUUUCCAAAACUACAGUAAAAAUUUGGAUUUAUUUAAAAAAAAUUUUACUUAAUUUACGAAGGAAUUCAGAAUUUUGUUCUUGAAAAAGAGGGUUUGUUCGGGGAUUUUGGGAAGAUUUGGGCUGAGAUAUUGGGAUUUGGAAUAGGAAUAGAGAUAGUAGUGCAGAAGGUAGUAGGGAGUUUGGGGGUUUUGGGAGGUAGUAGAGGGGUUAGGCUUUGGGGUUAGUGAAAUGGGGGGUUUUGAGGGUUUGUGAAGAGAAUUUUAGGAAUUUGGAUGUUUGAGUGGUUUGAAUUGUACAUUCGGAGAGAAUUAAGGGUUAGGGAUUUAUAAGGGAGUAAUUUUGGUCAGAAGUAGAGGAGGAUAAAGGAUUAUCAUUAUAGAGGAGAAAGGAAAAGAGUAGACUUUGGAGACAGUGACUGCUAAGAGGCUUUAGAUUAAUAUGAAUAUGAAGGGAGAAGUGUGUAAAGGA